AAGAUGGGUAUUAACCAGAGUUCGUUAACCGAGCAGCUUCGGGAAAAGAAGCGUGAAAUAAAUCGUUCAAUUCGUCAGCUUGAUCGUAAUCGUAUGAGGCAGGAACGUGAGGAGUCCAUUCUUUUACAGCGUUUAAAAACUGAGGCCAAAAAAGGUCACAUGAAAGAUUUACGCAUAAUUGCAAAGCAAUUAGUUCGUACUCGCAAGAUGAUAAACCAGUAUACGAAUUUGAAAUCACAUUUGAGUGCCAUAUUAGGACAAGUGGACACAGCUCACAAUACCAAGAUGCUCUCGAGUAGCAUAAAGAGUGUCAACUCGGUAUUUACUAAAUUUGGACAAAAAACUGACAUGGUGGAGUUUGAGAAGACACUGCAAUCUUUGGGUCGUGAAAGUGAAUUGAUGAACUUAAAGUUGGACAUCAUAUCCGAGUCUAUGGACAAUACAUUCCAAGAUGUUGAUGCUGCUGGCGAAGAGGAUUUGAUCAUAGCUCAAGUGUUAGAGGAACUAGGUAUCGACGGUUCUGAAGGGAUACCAUCAGUGAACAACGUGGAUUUAAAACAACUGAAGUUCAGUCAAGUCACAAAGGUACCACAAGUUGUUUGUGAGCCAGAAGGAGAUAAUUCCACGCCAAAUUCAUCACCAGGGAGUGUAGAUAAAACUAGCGAGGAAGGCCAUUUUAAUGGUAUGGAGGACGAAAGGUGACACUG